ACAUAAACAUAGUCAAAAAACAGACAUAAACAUAUAUCAAAGAGAAAAAAAAAGAAAAAAAAAAAGAAACUAAAUUAAUGGCGACUCUUGGUGGCACUACUGAGGUGGAAUAUACACAGAACAAUAUUGAGAUCGAUAACCUUGCUCUCUUUGCUGUUCAAGAACACAACAUCAAACAGAAUGGAGUUUUGGAGUUUGUGAGGGUGUUAAGUGCAAAAAAGCAAGUAGUUUCUGGCACCUUAUACGACAUCACUUUAGAGACAAAGGAUGGUACUAAGCAAAAAGUGUAUGAAGCCAAGAUUUUGGAAAAACCAUGGUUGAACUUCAAGGAGGUGCAAGAAUUCAAACUUGUUAGUGAAAAUGAUGAAGCUCCUUCUGUAUCUAGCACUUAAAAAUAUAUAUUUUAUGUGUGUAUAUAAUGGAAUAAUAAUAGUGCAUAGUGUGUACCAAAAAAUAAAUAAAAUAAUGUGCAUAUAUAUGGCAUCUUAUUUUAUGUAGUCUAAAUAGUAUCAUUUGUCAUCUAUUCAGGAUUUAGAUUUGUCAAAUAAAUUAAUAUGUUUGUAAUUAUAUAAUUUGUGGAAGAAUGAUCAUUGUAUUUGAAUUUGAGAUUUAAGUAUUUAUAUAUAUUAUGUACCAAAAAUUGUUCAAGAAAAAUUUGAUGGAACAUGGUCUUGGAGGGAUUUA